AUGGCAAUCUCGACCCCUGAACGCGACCGCGACCGCGAAGCGACAUCCUUGCCAACCGAGCUACUGGCACCACUGAAGAGACGCGCAAGAAACACCACCGAGCAAAAUGAACACUACCGCAGGCGACCACCACAGCCAGACCUAUCAGCCGACGACUCCGACACCAUCCAGAUCGAAAGCAGCCAACCCAUCCGUCAAGCCAGGAAGAGCACCGCCACCAACAAAGAUCUACUUACCGCGUUGACCAAGAUCAUCCAGCAGCAGAAUGAAACGAUCCAGAACCUCGAACGCGAAACAAGAGAGAUUAGAAAGAACCAGCAAGCUAUUAUUGACCACAAUGUGAAACUUAUUGACGAGAUCGCUGAGCUGAAGACACGCGUCGACGACCUUGUGGCAACAGCAUCCUCUAGUGCGCGUACCUGGGCCGCGGUUGCGUCCGCAAGCGCACCUGCGGAACCAAGCGCCACGUCCGGAACGCUGGCAAACCAGCAGCACACUAACAGAACUAACCUCGCCUCGAUCGACGCGCCCAACGUUACAGUAGACAUUUCCAGGGCAGAUACCGAAAAUGGCAGAUUGUCAGCAGGAACGGUCAGAGCCGCCGUGGAAAAAGAGAUGCGUACAAUGGAGAACCAAGAAAACUGGCGAUGCCGGGCGGUCACCGUCGACCACGCGACGCAGAGCAGGAUCAGGAUUGCGUGCAGAGACGAAGAUGAGCACCAGCUAGUCAAGAGAGCAGCAGAGAAGAUUGGUGCAGGCUCGCGCGUGUUGCGCGAUGAGCUCUACCCAGUCAAGAUAGACAACGUCAAGAGAACAGCAGUGUUGGAUGAGAAGGACGAGAUCCGAGCGGGAGCAGCAGAAGCGUUUGGAGGAGAGGAUGGAACGACAGUCGCCAAGAUUGCGUGGCUUAGCAAGAGAGACGUCCCCAAGGCGUACGGAUCUAUGGUGGUGUAUGUGACCAAGAAAAGUGACGCAAGGAGGCUCAUCGCAGAAGGCUUCUUCCACGCGGGCGGAGAGUCCGGCACAACAAGCGCAUUUGAGCAGCGACCACGGCCAGGACAAUGCUACAACUGCCAGGAGCUCGGCCACAAAGCAGUAUUUCGCAUGAUCCAGCUUAAUGUUAGAAAGCAAGGCGAAGUACACGACAGCCUGAUGAACAACGAAGAGUUGCAAGACGUGUCGGUGGUAGCUAUCCAGGAGCCGCAUGCACGGAGGAUCCAGGGUCGGCUGCUGACGACGCCCAUGCUCCAUCACAAGUGGACCAAGAUGGUGCCAUCGACCUGGCGAGAAGGAAGGUGGCCGAUAUGGAGCAUGCUGUGGGUGAAUAGAGAAGUAGAAGCGGAACAGGUACGGGUAGAGUCGCCGGACCUGACAGCAGCGAUCAUCCGGCUACACGAGCGUCGGGUGUUGGUGGUGUCGGUGUACAUACCAGGAGGAGACCAGCAAGCACUGCGAGACGUAUGCAACAAGCUAGAUACGGUGAUUGAGGACGCAAGAAGAAGGGCUGGCACGGUAGUGGACGUGGUGCUGGCCGGAGAUUUCAAUCAGCACGACCAGCUGUGGGGAGGAGAGGAUGUGACGCUGGUUAAACAGGGCGAGGCAGACCUGAUCAUCGAUCUGAUGACAGAACACGCGCUCAGCAGCCUGCUCCCGCGUGGCACCAAGACGUGGCAGUGCGGAGACUACGAGACGACAAUCGACCUGGUGGUAGCGUCAAAAGAGCUGGCAGACACGGUGCUAAGAUGCGCUGCCCACGACACCGAACACGGCUCCGACCACCGAAUGAUCGAGACGGUCUUCGACAGCUCCGUGCCAGUGCCGCAGCAGCGAGAGCGGCUUCUGCUAAAGAACGCACCGUGGAAAGCAAUCAACGACAGGAUCGCCAGAACGCUCAGCGUAACUCCGCCAGCGGGCACGACGCAGCAGAGGACCGACAGACUGAUGGCGGCGGUGCUGGAGGCGGUGCACGCACUAACACCCAGGGCUAAGCCGUCACCAUACGCAAAGAGGUGGUGGACGCAGGAUCUGACACAGCUACGCCGCAUUUACACGCACUGGAGGAACCGAGCGAGAGCCGCGAGACGGACAGGAGUUGCUAGGCCGGACCUAGAGGAGACUGCAAAGGGAGCGUCAAAGCAGUACCAUGAUGCUAUUCGGCAGCAGAAGAGAAAGCACUGGGAUGACUUCCUGGCGGACAACGACAACAUCUGGAACGCGGCCAAGUACCUGAAGGCGGGCAACGAGGCGUUCGGGACAGUUCCAGCACUUCGCAGAACGGACGGUACAACUACGAGCGACUUUGAAGAACAAGCUGAGGAGUUGCUCAGCACCUUCUUCCCUCCGCUUCCCAGCAGCAUCGAUGACGAGGGAGCCAGGCCGCAGAGAGCACCCGUGGAAAUGCCGACCAUCACGCUCGAGGAGGUAGAAAGACAGCUGCACGCCGCCAAGUCAUGGAAAGCACCUGGAGACGACGGACUGCCUGUCAUAGUGUGGAAGCAGGUCUGGCCGGUAGUGAAGGACCAUGUGCUUGCGCUAUUCCGACAGUCGCUAGAAGAGGGAGCGCUGCCCAGCCAAUGGAGACACGCCAAGAUCAUACCGCUUAAGAAGCCGGGCAAGGAAGACUACACCAUUGGAAAAGCAUGGAGGCCGAUCUCACUGUUGGCCACGCUAGGCAAAGUGCUAGAGUCGGUGGUGGCAGAGAGAAUUUCGCACAUGGUAGAGAAACACGGGCUUCUGCCCACCAACCACUUCGGAGCGCGCAAGCAGCGAUCAGCCGAGCAAGCACUAGUGCUGCUCCAAGAGCAGAUUUACAACGCGUGGCGAGGCCGCCGGACAGUCAGCCUGAUCAGCUUCGAUGUCAAGGGAGCGUACAACGGGGUGUGUAAAGAAAGACUGCUGCAGAGGAUGAAAGCACGAGGCAUACCACAGAGACUGCUGAGAUGGGUGGAGGCAUUCUGCUCAGAGCGCACAGCGUCAAUCCAGGUCAACGGACAGGCUUCUAAGAUCCAAGAACUGCCACAAGCAGGUCUGCCGCAAGGGUCUCCGUUAUCGCCAAUUCUGUUUCUCUUCUUCAACGCCGAUCUGGUGCAGCGACGUAUCGACACGUACGGAGGCGCGAUCGCGUUCGUUGAUGACUUCACUGCGUGGGUCACAGGCCCGACGGCGCAAAGCAAUAGAGAGGGUAUCAACGCCAUCAUCCGAGACGCACUAGACUGGGAACGGAGAAGCGGAGCGACGUUUGAAGCAGAAAAGACGGCCGUUAUCCACUUUACUCGCAAGGCGUAUAAGAGUGCCACGGAGCCCUUUGUUAUUAAGGGGCAGAGUGUAUCGCCCAAAGACCACGUCAAGAUACUCGGCGUGCUCAUGGACGCCAGGCUCAAGUACCACAAGCACAUCGCAAGAGCAGCCGCGAAGGGACUGGAAGCAGCACUGGAACUCAGGAGGCUGAGAGGGCUCUCACCCACAGUGGCGCGACAGCUGUUCACGGCGACAGUCGCGCCGACAGUAGACUACGCGUCGAACGUGUGGAUGCAUGCCUGCAAAGACAAGCUGGUAAGACCCAUCAAUAGGGUGCAAAGAAUAGGUGCACAAGCGAUCGUAGGGACGUUCCUCACCGUGGCGACGUGGGUGGCAGAGGCAGAGGCGCACAUCCCAAGUGCACAAGAGCGGUUCUGGAAGCGGGCAGUCAAGCUGUGGACGGACAUCCACGCGCUACCGGAGACGAACCCAUUGCGAAGAAACACAUCACGGAUGCGAAAGUUUAGAAGACAGUACCGCUCGCCGCUAUUCCAGGUGGCAGAAGCGCUCAAGGACAUAGACAUGGAGCAGAUGGAGACGAUCUGGCCGUGCAUCCUGGCACCAUGGGAGAAGAGAGUGCAGACCGUAGUCGAGAACGCGGCACAGGGCCUCGAGGCGAACUGGGCGGUACGCAUCGCUGUAAGCAGCUCGUCGCGGAACGGGGUAGUCGGAAUGGGAGGCGCGAUCAGCAUACAGAACAACGAAAAACAAUCUUUCUCCGUCACAUUGGGCAAGAGAGAGGAACAGAAUCCUUAUGCGGCAGAGCUGGCAGCAAUGGCCGAGGCGCUGAGCAGGCUGCCGAAGCUGAGGUUUCGCAACAUUGCACUGAUAACAAGGAACAAAGCUGCUGUGCUCACACUUAGAAGACCGCAGCAGCAGUCUGGGCAAAGCUAUAUUAGCCAGUUCUACAAGACUGUACAGACGCUAAGAAGAGACAGCAACAUAGUGACAGUACUAUGGCUACCCGCAAGCGAAGAGUGCGAGCUCGCAAGCCUCGCUAAGCAAGAGGCGAAGAUGGCAACUAGACUAAAUGCUAGGCCACAGACACAGCUCCCUAGGAUGCGAUCAACUACGCAUAAUAUUGCACGUAAGCAAGGCAUAGCCAAGAAGGUGCCAGCAGACGUAGGAGCAUACUCUAAACGAAUCGACACGGCACUGCCAGGAAAGCACACUCGACAACUCUAUGAUGGGCUUUCGCGGAAAGAGAGCAGCGUACUUGCCCAGCUCAGAACAGGCAUGGCGCAGCUAAACACGUAUCGACACCGAAUUAAAGCGUCGACGACAGACCAAUGCGAAUGCGGACAGGCGGCAGAGACGGUGGAGCACUUUCUAUUCCGUUGCAGAAAGUGGACCACACAGCGAACAGAAAUGCUGCAGUGUACGCAGUCAAGCAGAGGAAACUUGCCGUUCUACCUGGGCGGCAAAGCAGCGACAGACGACGCCAAAUGGGCGCCAGAUAUGGACGCAGUGCGAGCGACGAUACGAUUUGCAAUAGCAACACGAAGACUCGAGGCAAACUGA